AUGGCGCUCCUCGCCGAGGCAUUUACCUUGGGUCCAGCGCCAACAGCACUGCCUGUUGCGAGGCUUGCCUCAACUCCGGCACGGGCAACCCGCAAAGCUCCGGAGCGAGGCUUGCCGUCGGCACUCGCGGCGGCCGCCACAGUUCUUGUGGCGAGUGGGGUGAGGAGGUCACGAAGGAACUCUCGAGAGACCGUGGCAACCAGUGCCGUCGGUAUGGGAGCCGAGGCAGGUCUGCUGAAGAAGAAUCGCAAGAAGAUGCGAGAAAUGGAAAUCGAGAUGAUGGAGGGUGCUCUGAAAACCCUCUUCGCGCGGAUGGACGAGCCGGAUAUCUACAAGGUGCGCGAGAUCCUCAUGCGCCUGGCGAAGACCAACCCCAGGCCAAACCAGACUCUUACCGGUGACUGGAUCAUCUUCUGGGCCUCUCGAGAGGGCUGCAUCGACAAGCUCUUCGGCACCGGCAUGACUGACGAGGGCUGGUGGAUGCAGCUGCAGGAAUACCUUAUUCGCUUCGGAAAGAAGAAGGAAGGUCGAGUUUGCGAGGCCAUCGAGAUCGUUCGAAAGGUCGGCCCCUUCCCCAACCAGUCAAACUGCCUUCGGGGCAAGUACGCCAUCUCUGGUACGAACCGGCUAAAGAUCACCUUCUCCGAGAUGAAGACCGAUGAAGGCAAGGAUCUCGAGUUCCGGGAGGGCAAGGAGAAGAUGGUGGUCGACGUGGAUGUCAUCUAUUCCUCCAAGAAGAUGAUUGCGAUCCAGUGGGAGGAUGAUAACGGCGAGUGCGACUUUUACGUGCUCACACGGGUCAAAGACCUCAUUGCCGAGAGAGACAAGCUCGUUGCUCAGAGUUUGCACUUCCACACGCCCCAUUUUGGUGGGGCUCGGCGUUUCGAUUCUCGUCGAGUCAUGGGCAGAAAGGUAGACGACUUCUUUCAGCUAUCUGCACGCCACUUCAUCCCCCCGAGUGUUUUUCAAAACGACAAUUCAGAAACUCUCAUUCCCUGA